AUGCUGUAUUUGAGCACCCCAUAUCACGUGGUUGCCAGAGGGAGAGUUUCGAGAACAGUGGUUGGGGACUCCUUACACAAUACUGCUAUUCCUCCUCACCAUUGUAAGGUCUCAAUAGAGAUAGUGCAAAGACAGGAAGAAGACAUUGCAUUGCCUGUUCCUAAUGAAGAAGCAAACCUCAAUUGCCUGAGAGAUGCAAUUGGAACUUAUGUUGUCUGGCCAUUGUCCCUAAUCACUUUACGACCCAAGGUUGCCCCAUCAUCUAGUAGAGGGUUAGGGAAAGGGACAGGUCACACAAAGGAAUCCAUUGCUGGUCCAAGCAAUAAAGGUGUUGUUUCUAAUUCGUCUGACCUUCUUGAGUUGGCACAGGCUCAAGGUGCUGCGUGCUUCGAUAUGAUGAAGCUCUAUAUAAGAAGUGAUCAAGCCAUUGACAAUUAUUUUCCAGAGUUCCAAUUACCAACUUUUCCUGACAACACAAUUCAUCAAGUUCAAAGGGAGUGGUGUGCAUAUAUGUACCAUAGAUAUUUGAAGGACACAUUAAGUACAAUUGAUUCUUAG